AUGAAUUUACUCGCCAGAACCAAAUUAUUCUCUGGAGGACGCAGUUUUCCCGUCCAAUCAUUCGCCGGAGUUCAUCAAUCGAAUCACUACUCCACCAAAACAGCUCAAUUUAGCCCCAAAACCCAACGACCGGCGAAAAACGCCGGAGCCCAGAAACCCUCGGACUCGGUCUUUUCCCACGAAAGCAAGAAGCGGGCCGGGCUGACCGUCGACUGCCCCAAGCCGAUAGAGAUUCCGUACCAAGUGCGGGCCGCCAACUCCGUGAAUUUAAUCGGCCGCGUCAGAAAACCGGUUCAGUUUGAGUCCGGAGCCAAUGGGAAUCACUUCGCGGCGGCCGUGAUUGCUCAGGAAGGCGGCGGCGGCGGUCGCGACUCCCUCGUGAUCCCCGUUGUGUUCGAGGGCGAUUUGGCUCAGGCCGUGGCGUGUCACGUCGAGGAGAAGGAUAGCGUUUUCGUUUCGGGGAGACUGAGCAUGGGGCCCACGAGGUUCGCCUUCGGCAAUGGCCUCGGGAGGUACCAUCUCGUGGCCGAGAAUUUCAAUUUCGUCGAGGGCUUUGCGAAAAAGAAAAAUGAUAAAAGAUCUGGCUUUUCAUCUUUCGAAAUCGAGAGAGGUUCAGUUAGAGAUGGGGUUUCAUCUGCGAAAGUCGAGAAGCCUUUAUCAGAAAAUGUGGAAUGUGAUGAAGAGUUUAGUCAGAAAUGGAAAGAGGCCAUUGAAGAAGCUAAAGUGAAGACAUUUUCUGGUGAAGGCGAUUGGGCCUCCUGUUCUGUUUCUCGUAACUCGAACAUUAAGGCAAAGAGUUUGGGUCAUGUCGAGACUAAACCGGAGAAAGGGGACAAUAAAAAUUCACCGAGCGCUAACAAGAAGAAGAAGAAGAAGAAGAAGAAUGGGGAGCAGAGCUUGGACUUAUGGAGGGAUCUUGUGAAAAGCCCUAAAAAGUGGUGGGAUUUUCGUGCACACAAAUCUAAUGGGCUCGUCAAAGAAAAUUUCCCGGACUUCAAGCACAAAGAUACCGCUGAUUCGCUUUGGGUCAAUAAUGCCCCCGACUGGGUUUUGCCGGGACUUGCAAGAUUGGAGAUUGACGUGAAGUGUGUGAAAGAUAAUGCAAAAAAGGACUCUUGGAUGAAUUUGGUGGAAAAUCCUAGUAAAUGGUGGGAUAAUAGAUCGGAAAAGAAAAAUUCGAGGUAUCCCGAUUUUAAGCAUAAGGAGACAGGCGAAGGAUUGUGGUUGAAUGACGAUACGCCGAGCUGGGUUUUGCCGGGACUUGCAAGAUUGGAGUUUGACGUGAAGUGUGUGAAAGAUAAUGCAAAAAAGGACUCUUGGAUGAAUUUGGUGGAAAAUCCUAGUAAAUGGUGGGAUAAUAGAUUGGAAAAGAAAAAUUCGAGGUAUCCCGAUUUUAAGCAUAAGGAGACAGGCGAAGGAUUGUGGUUGAAUGACGAUAUGUCGAGCUGGGUUUUGUCGAGACCCGGUUCUCUGAACGUGCCUCAAAAACGUUCUCCCACUAAACCGAACACCGAAAGGAAGCUCAAAACUCAAGGAUCAGAUUCUGAUCCUUCUUUAUCGCCAAGUCCUGUAAGAAAAACACCUAAAGAUAGAAGUCCUAUAAAUGUCGAACGCCGAUCACCAAGAACUCCAGCAGUAGAGAAGAAAAAACCAAGCAAAGUUUCUGAACUAGAUUCCCAGCUGGCCCAUCUCCAAGACGAGCUAAAAAUCGCCAGGGACCAGUUGGUCUCAUCCGAGUCGUGCAAGAAAAAAGCCGAGCAGGAUGCUGACGAGGCAAAAAUCCAGCUGGCGACCAUCUUAGCCCAGCUCGACAAAACCCAAAAGCAGCUGCACGAUCUUUCGGAUUCUGAGGAUGCUCGAAUCGAGGAGCUACGCAAAAUUUCUCAAGAACGAGACAAGGCAUGGCAAUCCGAGCUGGAAGCCAUUCAAAAACAGCACUCGAUGGACUCUUCAGCUUUAGCUUCGGCACUUAACGAGAUCCAAAGGCUCAAAUCCCAACUCAACAAAGUUUCCGAAUCAGAAGCUUCUCAAGCGAGGCAUGCCGAGUCAGCACACGCAGAGGUUCACAGCCUGAGGAUCGAACUCGAAGAAACUCUAAAGCUCGUCGAGACGUUGAAAAGCCAGUUGACCGAGUGUAGAGAAUCGGAAGAACGGGCCCUGGAGGAAGUUUGUGGGGCCCAAAUGGUUUUGGAAGUCGUUAAGAAUGCCGAGGAGAAAUUAAAUUUGGAAAAUGGUAAUGUUAUGGAAUUGUAUAAAUCAUUGCUGGUGGAAUUGAACGAGUCGAGGAGCAAAGUGAGCUUUUUGGAGGGACUCGUUCAGAAAUUCCAGGCCGAUUUUGCUAAUGUCAGCAAGAAUAAUUCGGCUGAAAACGAGGAAAUUAUGAAAACUGAGAUUGAUAACUUGAGGAAUGAGGUUAGUCGAUUAAGGGAUGCCCUUGAGGAUGCUGAGAGAAGGUAUCGAGACGAAUACCUAGAGAUGACCGAGCAGAUAAAAGACGCGAAUGAGCUCGUCAAGCUUGUAAAAAUUGAAUCUUGCAAAAGGGAAUCUGAACUGGAGGCUAAGUUGAAUGAAUCGAAAGCUGAAUUUGAGGAACUGAAGACAAAAAUGAUCGAAAAAGAAAAUGCAGUACAAAGUGAGCUUGAGUUCGAGCAAAAAAAAGCAGAAUAUACUUUAGAAGACCUAAAAGCAAACUUAGUAGACAAAGAAAUGCGCCUGCAGGCCAUUACUGAAGAGAACGAGUCGCUUAAAUCCGAAAUCUUGAAAAAAGAAGCCGAAAAAAGCGAAGAAAGAGACGGUGAGCUUGCUAAGGCUGACGCAGCUAGAGCCGCUGAACGAGAAGUGCUUAUGAAGCUGAAAAAUAUGACUGAAGAAGCUGAUAAAAGUAGCCGAAAAGCCGAGCGGCUAGCCAAGGAACUUGAUGCUGCUCAAGCUGCUGGCUCAGAAAUGGAAGCCGAGCUUAGGAGGCUGAAAGUUCAGUCCGAUCAGUGGAGAAAGGCAGCCGAAGCAGCUGCUGCCAUGCUCUCGGAUGGGAAUAAUAAUGGGAAAUUUGUCGAAAAAAUGGGCGGUCUCGAUUACCAGAUAAUCGGCGGGAAAAUGGGGUCGUCGCCAUUUUCGGAUGAUGAUUUGGGUGUGAAGAAAAAUGGGAAUGUGUUGAAAAAGAUCGGUGUUUUGUUGAAGAAAGGGCAGAAAUAA